AGGCCGCCUUUCUAUGUCACUUCCGGGGUCCUGGCAGCGAGUCGCCUAGCAGAGGCGCUAAAAUCAUAAAGCUUGUAGCGUGAAGUUUGACUAGUUAAUGCGUCAAAACAUAAAUCUGUAUAAACAUAAAACCGUCUCCUUUUCGUAAAUGGAGGAAUUAGAUGUAGAGCCGACAACCACGUCGAUCCCCGGCGUAGGGUUUAAACAGAGACAUCUGGGCUUUGAGUGGGGACCAGGAGACCUGCUGGUGUACGAGACCAACUUUAAAUUACAAGGUCCGGGUUCUGGAGGCUCUGGAGGUCCCUCCGUCCACAUGGUGCGCAGAGAUGAGGACAUCUACUCGCCCAUCCUGCGCAAGCUCUUCAACGAGUCACAUCAUAUCUUCGUCGGGCUGCAGAACAUCACAGACGACGUUCCGAGCAAGAACAAGAAACCGCAGUUUGUGAGCAUCAGUAAGAACUACAGGUCUGUAAUACGAGCCUGUAUGGAGGAACUGCAGCAGGUUGCAGUAUCCACUGAAGUCACACAGUACCACAACCAGGUGUCCAUUCUCUUAGCGAUCGAGCUCAUCUGGAAUCUGUGUGAGGUUCUUUUCAUCGACGCCGCAUCAGCCGGAUCGCUCUUGUUGCACCUGCUGGACUGGGUGCGUUUACACAAAGCUGACGUGGAUGAGAAAGCGAGGGAAGUCCUUCAGAGUGAAAGCCCCACACGUCAUCACAGUUACUGGGAUGUGGUGAUGUGUUUUGUCCUGCAGGGUCGUAUGGACGAGGCUCGACAGGUUCUGCAGAAACAGGCAUCUCUACAGCCGGAGUCCAGAGCCAUGUAUCAGAUGAUGGACAACCUGCUGCACAAAAUGCCUGUGUUUAAUCCCAGUGGCGCUCAGACCCUCACAGAGUUUGAUGUAAAGUGGAGGCACUGGCACGAGGAGUGUGAUCGCUGUCUCCAAGACAACUCCUUUGCUAGCAGCCGUCACCUGGAGACCAUCUGCAAGGUCCUGGUGGGUGAUGAGGACACUCUGCUGGAGCAGAAAGAGCUGCUGGGAUCCUGGUACCAUUUACUGAUCAGCCGUCUGCUGUUCUCUCAUCCUACUGUUAAACCCGCUGAGCUGCACUACUAUGCUCAGUCGAGUAUGGACAUGUUCCUGGACUCCCACAGUGCUCCAGAGCCUCUGGACAGCAUCUUACUUGCUGCAUUUGAGUUUGACCUUCAUCAAGUUAUUAAAGACUGCAGCAUUGCCCUAAACAAUUGGUGGUUUGUGGCUCACCUGACUGACCUGCUGGAUCACUGCAAACUCCUGCAAUCUCACAACCUCCAUUUUGGCUCUAACCUGCGGGAGUUCCUGGUGCUGGAGUACGCCUCUGGACUCUUCUCUCAUCACAGUCUGUGGCAGCUGGCAGUAGAUUAUUUUGAUCACUGCCCUGAGUUUGGUCGUGUGUAUCUGGAGCUGCAGAUCGAGAGAGUUCCUCUGGAGACGGAGCGCAAAGCACUGAAGGUGCUCAGGAUCUGUGAAAAGAGACAGAUGAAUGAACAAGUGCGCAGUAUCUGUAAGAUCAUGGCUAAAAGGGCUCUCAGUAAUAACAGACUGGGUUCUGCUCUGUCCUGGAGUAUCAGAGCCAAAGACGCCGCCUUCGCCACACUCAUCUCUGAGAGGUUUCUGCAGGAUUACUGCACACGUGGCUCCUUCUCUGAUCUGGAUCUGAUCGAUAACCUCGGACCUGCCAUGCUCCUGAGCGACAGACUCACAUUCCUCGGGAAGUAUCGUGAGUUCCACCGGCUGUACGGAGAAAAGAAGUUUACCGAGGCGGCCAAGCUCCUGCUCUCACUCAUGACAGCAAAGAUCGCUCCACGCAGCUUCUGGAUGACUCUGCUCAUAGACGCCCUGCCCUUACUGGAGCAAAAAGAGGUGAUCUUUUCAGUGGAUCAGACACAUGAACUCAUGUUCUGUCUAGAGGAACUGACGUCUGACAGCGAGCUCAAACCAGAGCGCCUAGCACAGGAUGAUGAUGAUGUUGAAUGCACAAAACUGGAGCUGCUGAGAUUGGCUCUGGCUCGUAACCUGGCGAUGGCCAUCGUGAAGGAAGGAACAGUCGAGGCCUAAACACACGUACACACGCACACAAACACACCCUCCCUCUGCAGUUACAUUGACACAAAGCCCUCCUGUUAUCUCACUUUACUGUAUAUAAACCUGAAUGAAUGAAAUCUUUUGACAUUUAAUAAAAAAAAAGUUUUGGUAUUGUUUUGCAAAAA